AUGAUCAUGUCCAUCGCUGAACUGCAAAAAACUGGAGCAGAUGUUGAUCUCGAUGCGGCUGGCUCCUUCGACUUGGAUCUACGUACUCGCCUGGCUACGGCCAUUAGACGUGCUUUGGAAGACCUAGCCUACUUGAGCCUGGAGAGCCCUGUCAUUCCGAUUGACCGGAUAUCGGAUGUCAAUGUCGCCGUCCACUCUGGAAAUGAUGGUAGAGCUCGCCAGAUUGUUUUGCAAUGGGAGUCUGCACUGCAGGCUCAGGUUCAAAUUCGGCCCAUUGACGACCGAAACAUGUUCUCCGACUCCAAGACAUACUGGCUUGCUGGACUCACCGGCAGCCUGGGUCUAUCCCUUUGCGAAUGGAUGAUUGCUAAAGGUGCCAAAUACAUCGUCAUGACUAGCCGCAAGCCUAACGUGUCUCGUGCAUGGCAAGAGAGAAUGGCGUCUCUGGGUGCGGUCGUCAAAGUACAUUCCAAGUAA